AUGGGUCAUCACCCCACUCCCGGCAAGAGCGUGGCCUUAGCCAGGGAUGCGCUUGCGCCAAGGCUGCUUCUAUUGGGGACCUCCAAUAGCUCCGGCUACUGUGCUACGGCUGCAAGGGCGGCGGCAAGGCGGCCCUACGGCGGCUCCGGCUACUGCGCAGGCUGCUCUGGUAAUGGCUCCGGCUACGGCUCCGGCUGCUCUGGUGAUGGCUCCGGCAACGGCUCCGGCUGCUCUGGUGAUGGCUCCGGCUACGGCUCCGGCUGCUCUGGUGAUGGCUCCGGCUGCUCUGGUGAUGACACCUGCUACGGCUCCGGCUGCUCUGGUGAUGACUCCGGCUACGGCUCAAGUGGCGCUACGCGAGGCGGCGGCAAGCGCGACUCCGGCUACUGCGCAGGCUCAGGCGGUGUAGCGGCUCUCUGGCGGCACUGA